AUGGAAAUCUUGAUACAUUUCAGAUGCCGAGCCGGCCCAACCCACCUUAGCCAGCCCACCGAGCCAAUCACAGCCCCGACCUUUCCAAUACAGAUCAACUCAGACGCCGGCCGGAGCCGAGCCGAGGUUCCAUCUGAUAAUCCGGGGAACCGCGACACCGUCUACCUAUCCCAUCCCAUCUCCCGAACACACUUCCUCAACGACCACCCCGCCGGCUCCAAGAUCCUCGCCCGCGUGGCAGGCAAGGACGCCUCGAAGCCGUUCUGGAAGUACCACAGCGAGAGCGUGCUGGGCAAGUACGCGCCGCGGUUGAAGCUGUAG